ACUUGGAGUUGCCCUCACUUUCCCCACUCUAGAGCUGUAGAGCACUAGGCCAAGCGGCUAAGCACCGGUCCAUCCAAUUGCCACCGGCCCUAGCCAAUCUCCCGGCCAUCAGCAACUGGCCACCCACGCCGCCGCAUCACCUCCCCAAAAUUCCUUUCAAGAGCGAUCGCCAGAGCCCCGGUUUCCCAUCGCCGCCUCGAUGGGGUGCGGGCAGUCCAAGAUCGACCUGGAGGAGGCGGUGUGCCGCUGCCGCGACCGGAAGCGACUGAUGGCCGACGCCGUCCAGGCGCGCAACGCCUUCGCCGCCGCCCAUUCUGCGUACAGCGUCCUCCUCAAGAGCACCGGCGGCGCGCUCUCCGACUUCGCCCACGGGGAGGCGCCUGACCCCAGCAUGAUAGCCUCCCGUUCCUACCAGGCCGCCGUAGCGGCGGCCGCAGCCGCAGCAUCCGUCUCUGCGCUGCCGCCGCCCAUCACCACCGCCGUCCUCAUCCCGCCCUCCCCGCCGCCCCCGCCCUUCAUGGACUUCUCUCACGGCAGCCUCCAGCGCUCCUCGUCGACCCCCAAUAUCCCCAUGCCCGACCCCCGAGUUGCUUCCAAGGACCACCCGUUGGCUGAGGCUCCUAUCCGGGAGGAGGAGGAGGGCGAGGAGCAAGAUGGUCAUAUCAUAACUGACAGCGAUGAUGAUGACGAUGGUAAUGAUGAUGAUGAUGACGAUGACGAUGAUGAUGACGACGAUGAGGAGGAGGACGAUGAUGAUCAUCACGAGCAUGACGAUUUCAGCAUUGACGAUAUGGUGCACGGACAGCCGCUGAAGCGUGGGGUGAUGGACAGUGUGGGGUCUUCUCCAGUGACACCACCGCCACCACCUCGGCUAAACCCGUCAGCAUUGACGCCGGCGUCUGCGACACCACCGCCCCCCAUGCCAGAGGCACAAAUGGCUACUUGGGACUACUUCUUUGGUCCAACCCCCACACCACCACCCACCUUGGAGCAGCAAGCUGAGGAGACUUGGAUGGAUAGGCGGGAGAAGGAGUCAGUUCCUGCGGUGAAGGCACGAGUGACGAACGCAGAUAUUAGUGAGCCAGCUGCAUCUCUGCAGACUGCACUGGAGAAGGCGAAGGCCAUCAAUGAGCUUGCCGCAAAGCUUCCUCCAUCGAAGCCGAUUAUUAGGAAACCACCCAAGGCACCUGGACCGCCAACAGAAGUGCACCACCAGCAUGCCAUGUCUAUGGGUGCAGUUGAAACCCAGAAAGGGAAGAUUCUGAUGGUGUCUGCCAGCUUACUGCAGAUUGUUGCUCAGCUUGAUGAUAACUUUCUUAGGUCUUCAGAGAGUGCACAUGAGGUGUCAAAAAAGCUUGAGGCCACUAGGAUGCAUUAUCACUCCAACCAUGCUGACAGUCGAGGACAUAUUGAUCAUUCUACAAAAAUUAUGCAUGUUAUCACAUGGAACCGCUCCUUCAAGAACUUACCUGACCAAGAGGAUAUACGUGGAAAUUUUGAGAUUGAUGAACGAUUCGAAACUCAUGCCACAGUACUGGACCGGAUGCUUGCGUGGGAGAAAAAGUUGUAUGAUGAAGUGAAGGCAGGGGAACAUAUGAAAAUUGAUUAUCAAAAGAAGGUUGCUCUACUGCAUAAACAAAAGAAACGUGGUGUUAAACUUGAAACCCUUGAGAAGACAAAGGCAGCUGUUAGCCACUUGCACACAAGGUACAUAGUGGAUAUGCAAUCCAUGGAUUCAACAGUUUCAGAAAUAAACCGGCUACGUGAUAAACAGCUAUAUCCGAAGUUAAUGGACCUUGUUGACGGAAUGGGAAACAUGUGGAGCUCUAUGCACCGUCAUCAUAAGAGCCAGUUUUUGAUCAUAUCGGGUAUCAGAGCUUUUGAGGUCCCUCCUGUUCCAAGGGAAACAACUGAUUUGCAUUAUAAGCAGACGUGCGAGUUACGAGACAUUGUCAGGGAGUGGCAUAUGCAGUUCGAGAAACUUAUGGACCAUCAGAAAGGGUACAUCAGAGCACUCAAUGCAUGGUUGAAGCUUAAUCUCAUCCCCAUUGAGAGCAACCUGAAGGAGAAGGUAUCCUCUCCUCCGAGGCAGGUAGAACCACCCAUCAAGAAUUUACUACAUGCUUGGCACGACCAUCUCGAGAGGCUUCCAAUUGAACUUGCAAAAACUGCCAUCAAAAGCUUUGCUGAAGUCAUAAGCAAUAUUGUAGUACUUCAGGAGGAGGAAGUCAGCCUAAGGCGGAGGUGUGAGGAAACUCGCAGGGACCUUGACCGAAAGAAGGCACAAUUCGAAGACUGGCAUAGUAGGUACACAGAAAGAAGGGCAUCCCUGGGUGAGGAAACUAACCCUGAAGCAGCCGAUGCUCCUAGCGAAGAUCCUGUCACUGAGAGGAGAAUAGCCAUUGAGGAAGUAGAGAUCAGGCUGAAGGAAGAGGAGGGGCACCACCUUAGGCUUGCGAGGCAGGUGAGGGAGAAGACGCUCGCAAAUCUCCGGAUGCACCUGCCUGAGCUCUUCAGAAACAUGGCUGAUUUUUCAUUCUUCUGCCAUGACAUGUACAGUAGCUUGAGAAAAUCUGCAGUGCUGCCUGUUCCCAGAGACGAAGAUCAAGGCUGAUGCUGUUUGUGCUAAUGUAAUUCACCUUGUUGGUAGGCAAUACUACAUCUGUUCCAAUGAAUAAGGUCCUUUUUUAAGUCAAACUAUGUAAGGUUGGUUUGACCAAAAUUUUAGAAAAAACAUCAGCAUGUACAAUCUAAAAUCAACACCAUUAGAUACAUCAUGAAAUACAUUUUCAUAUGAUAUUCAUAUAAUAUCAUAGUUCCUGAUAGUUUUUCUAAAA